GAUGGUUAGCUAUAACAUAUUUCGAAACCAUUGAGCGCACGAAGAGCUUUUCCCUGUUUUGACGAGCCUGAGUAUAAAGCCACCUUCAAGAUAAAGUUGAGUCAUAAAAAAGGAUUGACUUCGAUAAGUAAUAUGAAAUUGAUGAAUCAAAUAAACUGCCCUUCGAGUUCAGAUUAUGUUGUCGACGAAUUCGAAGAAUCUCCACCGAUGUCUACUUAUUUAGUAGCAUACAUGGUGUCAGAUUUCGUAUACACUGAAGCAAAUAGUGAAAAUGACCAAGUGAAGUACCGUAUUAUUUGCAAGAAGGACUUAGCCAAUCAAACAGAAUUUGCCAUUAACUUAGGACCGAAGGCCCUGAAAUACUACGAGGAUUAUUUCGAUGAAAAAUUCCCGCUGCACAAACAAGACAUGGCGGCCAUACCCGAUUUUUCUCUAGCUGCCAUGGAGAAUUGGGGUCUCGCCACAUUUCAGUACGUAAAAAGAAAAUUUGUUAACACCAAUAGAAUAUAAUACCUAUAAUAUUGAAGUAAGUCGUAUUUUACAGUUAUCAAUUUUGUAUGAUAUUAUAUUAUUGUAUAUAAUAUAGUUAUUAUUAAUUAUACUAAAAUGUAUGGUGUCUGUAAAUCGAUUUUCUAGUUUUAAUUUAGGAUUCAUCUCCACGAAUAUAGCAGGGCUUGAAACCGAAAAAAACUUUUCCUGUUUCGGUUUCGGUUUCGGAUACCGGUAUUGAUUUUUUCCGUUUUCGGUUUCGGUUUCAGAUACUGGUAUUAAUUUUUUCCGGUUUCGGUUUCAAUUUCGGUUUCGGUUUUUAACGGUUUAAACUGGUAUUCAAAAUCGAUAUCGAAAAUCGGUUUCAAGCCCUGGAAUAUAGUUUACAUUUAUAUUCGACUGUAGCUUAAAGGAUUCUUAAAUAAAUAUUUUCAGCAUAUGGUUAUUAUGUACACAGAAUUUUGGGAUUAUAAUAUUAUGUAUAUUAAUACAGCAGUACACAUGGGUUGUUUUUUAUCAAGUAGGUACUUGGAACGACUGCCAACGAGCACCACGUAUCUCAAUAUUAAAUAUUUAGUGUAAUUUUAGGACUAUUCAUGGUCAAUCACAUAAUAUUCUGAUUUGGUAAAUAUCUAAUAUAUUAUUAUCGUUGUAACGGUACACCGAUCACGCAUUAUAAAACGGUCCUUUUCAGAACCACCAAUCAGAGACCAGUAAAAGCCAAACACACGACCGGGACAACUUCACACCCUCAUUAUAGGGCCCUAAGUUGUCACACACACUUAAAACCGUGGGCUACGUGUAGAAGAGAUUCUCACGAGUCCAAAAACAUCAUCCCCACACACGUAACCCUAAAACUGAGCAAGUAAAGCCACUUGUCAUACCGAACGCAAACACAGCCGCACGCGGCGGCUUAACACGGUUUAAUAGUCGGUACUGCAAGCACUAUACAUACCGGGCAUUUUCUUGAACGAGUAUCAACCAUCAACCAUCUUUCUCAAAACGACUACGUCAUAGUGGCACCUAACACUCCAACCCAUUUUCCAACAUACAUUGGUCAUCGUCCUGACAUCUUAGACAUAGCUUUAAUCAGAACACCGAUGCUCACUCGUCAAACUAAUAUAAAUCAACUGCCUUCAGACCACAACCCAAUCCUUCUAGAGUUUUCCAGCUCCCCCAUAACAUCUUCACCGCCUUCACAAGGCAAACAAGUAAACUGGAAAAAAUUCUCUACCUUACUCUCAAAUGAUACUACUAACACUCACCCGCGCACUGCUUCCAUCCAGGAUAUAGAUCAUGCUAUAACAGCCUUCACAGAAACCAUAAAAUCGACAGUCGUAGAAUGUACAUACCAAUCCAAAACAGGAACGAAAAGGAACACCCUCCCAUCUGAAAUACUUAAUGAAAUAAAGGUCAAGAACAAGCUACGUCGGGAGUGGCAACGAAACAGAGAUCCAGCGAUCAAAUACAGGCUGAACUCCAAAACGAAAUUUAUCAGAUCUAUUUUAAAAACUCAUAAACAAGACGAGUGGGACAGGUUUCUUACCUCCCUUGACACCAGUGACGGAUCACUAUUCAAAAUAAACAAAAGCUUAAUUAACAAAAAACCAGCGAUUCAUCCUCUCCAAGGCCCAAACGGUCUAAUUUACGACGCAAAAGCUAAAGCUGAACUCAUAGCGGAAUCACUAGAAAAACAAUUUAAACCAAACCCCGGCCCAAACAUCUUAGAAGUAGAAGAACUGGCUCACAAUAUCCGUACUUCACCUAUCGCUUCUUCCGAUCUCUACACAACACCUGGUUCAGUUCAACUAAUCAUCAAACACUUGCCUAAAAGGAAAGCACCCGGUGAAGAUCUCAUAACUAAUACGGCUCUAAAGCUCCUCCCUAAGAAUAAACUAUUGACCCUUACAAACAUCUUAAAUGGAUGUUUAAGGCUCAAUUACUUCCCUUCCACAUGGAAAAAAGCAGUCAUAAUCUCGAUCCACAAACCGGGUAAAGACCACUCUCUUCCUGAAAACUACCGUCCUAUUGCCCUGCUGUCCUCCAUUUCAAAAGUAUACGAAAGGGUAAUCCUUGAAAACAUCCAAAAAACCACUGCUAAAACAAUUAGGAAAGAACAGUUUGCAUUUCGUCCAGGUCACUCGACGGUUCAACAAUUGACCAACCUGAUGGAUGAAAUAACUGUCAAUUGGAACUCUAAAAUCAAUACAGCCUCAGUUUUUAUUGACGUGGAAAAAGCUUUUGAUAAAGUUUGGCACGAUGGCCUCCUCUUUAAAAUGAACAAAAUGCAUAUCCACCCAGCUUUAAUCAAAAUCAUACACUCAUUCCUUGAAAACCGAACAUUUGCAGUCAAACAAGAAGACCAAACAUCUACAAGCCGCCCAAUCCUCUCUGGAGUACCCCAAGGCUCUUGUCUUUCACCCACCCUAUUCCUAAUAUACACAAAUGAUAUACCGUUAAUUCCUAAGGCAAACCUAGCGUUAUUUGCCGAUGAUACAAUGUUUUCCGCCCAAAACCACAACGCCAGAUGGGCAGCAUUCAUACUGCAAAAACAAGUAGAUCUGGCCGCAGAAUGGUUCAAACGAUGGCGCCUAAAGAUAAAUGAACAAAAAACCGUCGCACUACUCUUCGGAAACAAAAACACCAAAAAUAUUCCUCCAAUUAAAAUUAACGAUCACCCAAUAAAAUGGUCUGAUAAUGUGAAAUACCUCGGUGUAACACUUAACAGACGCCUUGGUGUAACACAGCACAUAAACACUAUCAUAAAAAGAGCCACCAUUGUCAGGGGCAUAUUAUACCCCCUAAUCAAUAAGAAAAGCCCAAUACCUUUAAAAACUAAGAUCCUAAUUCUCAAAAUGUAUGUCAUCCCUAUUCUAACAUACGCUGGUGCAGCUUGGGCUCCCCUUGUUCCGACGCAUCAAUGGAAAAGAAUUGAGGCUGUACAAACAACUGGCCUCCGCACCAUCACGGGCAACCCCACGUUUGUCAGGAAUGAUAUUCUACGCAGCUCCGCAGGAUUAAAAACCAUCAGAGAAACCAUUACCAGUCAGGCUUCUGCGAUGUUUCACAAGAACUCAUACUCAAAGUACCCACACAUAAGAAACCUCGGUCACAAACCUGGUGAAACACGUCGUAAAACCCCAAAAAAUCGUCCGUUAAAAUGGGCAACCGCUAAAUAAAUAUCCAUACACCACUCACAAAUAAAAUUUCAACCCACUGGCAUAGGCUAAACGCCUGGCACAGUAGAAAUGCCCUAGGGCA